AGUUUCUGUUUACAGUAGUCAUCUGUCCACUGCCUCUUAUUCCCCUCUAUGCCGCGGAAGCGACUUCGAAGUUCGAUUUCAAUAGCGUGCCAGCCAGCACGUGUUUUUUCAGAUGCCCUGUGAACUUCGUGUUUUCUGCAAGCAACGAGCCCCUUAGUUACGGCGCUUUGCUCGUAGAGCUGCCGAUUAAGUUAAACGACGCGAGUCAUGGCGCAUCUGGAGCGAAUGCGAACGCAUGUGCACCUUCGUGAACACGACUUGCUUCAUACAGAAACUGUUGACCACUGUGGCGCCAGACUGGGUGUAGAUGACAGCUGGGAUUUCCAAAAAUUUGUUAAGAAAUUUCGCGUUGGGAUCAUCUCCAUGGACGACACGACCAUAGAGUUCGACUUGGUGGGCCUCAACCCGGCAAUUGCAAACGCCAUUCGCAGGAUACUGCUUGCAGAGGUGCCUACAAUGGCGCCCGACAAAGUCUACCUGUACAACAACACUGGCAUAAUUCAGGACGAGGUGCUGGCUCACCGGAUUGGCCUGGUGCCUUUCAACAUUGACCCGCGGAUGUUCGAAUACAGAGAAAGUGAAAGCGACGGCUCUCCUGAAGACACGGUCGAGUUUGAGCUGAAGGUCAGGUGCACCAAGAAUCCGCAGGCCCCGAAAGAUGCCACCACGCCCGACGAACUUUACAGGGAUCACCUUGUGUACACGAAACACCUCAACUGGGUCCCCCUUGGAUCUCAAGCAGAAAUUUUUGCGACCAAGCCGCCUAGGCCCGUGCACGACGACAUCAUCCUAGCAAAGCUGAGACCUGGCCAGGAGAUUGACUUGAAGCUGCACUGUGUCAAAGGAACAGGCCAGGUCCAUGCCAAGUUCUCGCCUGUCGCCACAGCAUCUUACCGGCUCCUCCCGGAGAUAAGACUCCUUCGCCCCGUGCGGGACGAACAGGCCGAGCGGCUUCAGGGCUGCUUUUCCAAAGGAGUCAUUGAGCUGGACGAGGAACCGGACGGUCACAAAGUUGCCAGGGUUGCCAACGCAAGAGCAGACACUUGUAGCCGCAACGUGUUUCGGUUUGAUGAUCUCAAGGACGCUGUUGAGCUGUCACGGGUCAAGGACCACUACAUCUUUUCUGUGGAGUCCACGGGUGCCUAUGCACCUGACACUCUCGUCGCGGAGGCCAUCAAGGUGCUCAUGGCCAAGUGUCAGAUGUUCCUGGAUGAACUGGAACACGUACAGACCCACGACUGACUGCGUGCGGAUCACGUUACAGCUGUGGAUAUUUGUCAUAUUUAUCACAGAGAGUCGUCGGUUGUAAUAAACGAGGACUGGUACUCAAUGCCCAA